AUGGCUGGCUUCCUGUGGCUGGUGUGGUACGAACCUGUUACAAGAACCUCCGCAAGGCACUGGACCUUGGCUGUGACUUACGAAGCUCAUGAACAAGCUUAUGCAACAUUUUAUGAGAUGUUGGGCUCCGGUAGCGCGGGCGGAUACAAGUCGAAGGUCGCACGUCGCGUACGUCUAACGAGCGGUCAUGGUGCUUCACCCUACUCUGGCAAAAUACUCCUCGGCGAGAUCAUUGACCCCGUCCUCGGCGCUCUCGAGAUGUACAGCGAGACAGCCACUGAUUUAGUGAACUCUCACAAUCAGAAACGCGACGCUCGCGAGUAUAACAGCCAAGAUUGGGCGAUCAUCAUCAUUAGGAGCUUGGAGGAUGCUCUCUUACUCCCGCAGGGUACACUCGCGAGAGUGGAGAGAUGUCCCAAGCUCGGGUGA